CGUACCGCCAAAACCCUCCCUCACGCAGCCGACGAGAAUUCUCCAUUUGCUCUUUCCAAGAGAUCCAUCAACAACGAAAAAUGUCUGUUAGUGAACAAGCCUGCAACUACGCCUGCUUGCUUCUACAUGACGAUGGCAUUUCCAUCACGGCCGAUAAGAUCUCGGCCAUUGUGAGUGCAGCUGGUAUCGAGGUCGAGUCCUACUUGCCAGGUCUCUUCACUAACCUCGUGCAGAAGAGAAGUAUUGACGAUCUCAUCUCCAAUGUUGGAUCUGGAGGUGGCGCAUAUGAUUGGGGGGAUCUGUAGCAGGUGGAGGAGGCGGUGCAGCCGCUGCAGCUGCCCCAGUCGUUGAAGAAAAGAAGGUGAAGAAUGUGGAUGGUGAACAUAGACUAAUGGCCACUCGCAUCAAUUAUCUAUUCUCAUAGACGAACAAGUAGUUAUCUAUCGUUCUGUUUAUUUUCCAAGUUUACUGGAUACUCUAUAGCUUGUAAUAAGAUUAAUUCACAUAUUAAUAAAAUUAGUAUUAUUUUA